GCAAGCAGUUAAAGAGUUUUAAAGUAAGAUAAUAGCUAAAUGAGUUAACCCCUCCAGUCAAAAGCAGGUUUCCAUUGGUCAACGCUUUCAUUCGUGCUUCUAAAGCCAGUCGAGAAACAUAUUUCAUGCAGAUCUAUUUCAAGCUGACAGCAGAACAUCACGAACGCUCAAACUUUUGACGCACGUGAUUAUAAUUAAAAUGUCUUACAACAUGCAAACAGAUUCUUGCACACAAAUAAUAUCUGCAGAGAAUAAAAGAGAUAAAAUAAUGCAUGGUGAAGAAAAAGUAAGGAAUCAAGUGGUGACAGGUCUUACACAUGAAUGUGGAGUUUUUGGAUGCAUUGCUGCUGGUGAUUGGCCAUCUCAAAUUGAUGUUGCUCAAGUGAUUUGCUUAGGUUUAGUGGCACUACAACAUAGAGGUCAAGAAAGUGCGGGCAUUGUCACAAGUGAGGGUGUAUGUUCAAAAUCUUUUCAUGUCCAUAAAGGUAUGGGAAUGAUCAAUAACAUUUUUAAUGAUGAAAACAUGAAGAAACUCAAUGGGAAUCUUGGAAUUGGUCAUACCAGAUAUAGUACAAGUGCAGCAAGUGAGGAAGUUAACUGUCAACCGUUUGUGGUUCACACUGCACAUGGAGCAUUAGCAGUUGCUCAUAAUGGAGAACUCGUAAAUACGGAAUCACUAAGAAAAAUGGUAUUGGGACGUGGAGUUGGUUUAUCAACUUACUCAGAUUCCGAGUUAAUAACACAAGCUCUCUGUUUGAAUCCUCCUGAAGGGGAAGUUAAUGGCCCAGACUGGCCAGCACGUAUAAAACAUCUAAUGCAAUUAGCACCAUUAUCAUAUUCACUAGUAAUUAUGCAAAGAGAUAAGAUAUAUGGUGUUCGAGAUCCUUAUGGAAAUCGCCCAUUAUGUCUCGGAAAAAUUGUACCAAUUGGUAAUUUAGGAAAUGAGUCGGACGAUGAUGACGAAGCUGAAGGUUGGGUCAUAUCAUCUGAAUCAUGUGGAUUUUUAAGUAUCGGAGCACGAUAUGUACGCGAAGUAUUUCCUGGAGAAAUUGUUGAAUUAACCCGUGAGGGUAUUAAAACUAUAGAUAUCGUUGAUAGACCAGAUGAAAAGCCUCAAGCUUUUUGUAUCUUUGAAUACGUUUAUUUUGCACGUAGUGACAGUAUUUUUGAAGGGCAAAUGGUUUAUUCUGUUCGUAUGCAAUGUGGACGAGAGCUUGCCCUAGAAUCUCCAGUAGAAGCGGAUAUAGUUAGUUCAGUACCUGAAUCUGGAACUGCAGCAGCACAUGGCUAUGCCAGACAGUCUGAAAUACCAUUUGCGGAAGUAUUGUGCAAAAACAGAUAUGUUGGUAGAACGUUUAUUCAACCUAGUACACGACUGAGACAACUUGGCGUGGCAAAAAAAUUUGGAGCAUUAUCAGAAAAUGUGAAAGGAAAAAAGUUAAUUCUCAUUGAUGAUUCGAUUGUUAGAGGAAAUACUAUUGGACCUAUUAUUAAGUUACUUCGUGAUGCAGGAGCAAAAGAAGUUCAUAUUAGAAUAGCAUCACCUCCAUUAAAAUAUCCAUGUUACAUGGGAAUCAAUAUACCAACAAGGGAAGAAUUAAUUGCUAAUAAAUUGGAUAAUGUGAAACUAGCCAAACAUGUUGGAGCUGAUAGUUUAACAUACCUUUCAGUAGAAGGACUUGUAAAAGCUGUAAGAUUCGGUAUGGAUAAUCGCGAAAGCAGUUACAUUGGUCACUGUACUGCUUGUUUAACUGGAGAUUAUCCGGACGAACUUCCUGGUGAUUUGGAUUGGUGA